AUGCAGAUUCUUAUCCUGGUUCUACUUCCUAUUUCGUUGGUGACCUAUGCGCUAUGCUGGAUAAUCUAUGUCAGAACACUACAUCCACUCAGCAAGAUCCCGGGACCAUUUUGGGCAUCCGUCAGCCGAGUUUGGAUUGUGCAAAAGCUUUACCGUGGGGAUAUGGAACAGACGCAGCGAACGCUUCACGCAAAAUACGGCCCACUAGUUAGAAUUGCGCCCAACGAGAUUGCUGUUGCUGAUCCAAACGCCAUAAAAUCGAUUUAUCCGAUGAAAAACCCUCUCACCAAAUCCGAUUUCUACCCAGUCUUCGGCAACACGGCCAUUAGCAAACAUGCGGACCACUUCAGCAACACGGACGAAAAAUCUCAUUCAGAGCGAAGGAGAAUUGUUAAUCAUGUUUACUCGCUCUCCAACAUCCUUCAAUCGGAAGAAUACAUCGAUGUCUGUUCAGAGCUGUUCAACCAACGCUUGGGAGAAUUUGCUGACACGGGCGAGUCAAUUGAUCUCGGAGAGUGGUUGCAAAUGUACGCCUUUGAUGUCAUUGGCGAGCUCUAUUUUGGGCGCAUGUUCGGCUUCAUGGAGCAUCGCCACGACCAUGAGUCGUAUAUUGCAUCAUUGGACGCGUUAAUGCCUACUUUGUGUAUUGCGUCUGUGGCUCCGAAAUUUACACGCCCAGUAAUUUUCCUGUCGUCUGUCUUGAUUCCUUCAGUAAAAAUAGCUCUUAAGGCCCUCGACCACAUUGCAGCAGCUGCCAAGAGCUGCGUAACACAGCGCUUUGCAGAUGCGGAGGGCUCAUUUGACACCGUCAAACGACGUGAUAUUUUGCAGCAGCUCAUGGAUAUUCGCAAAGAGAAAGGUCCGAAGCUUGACUUCGGUCUGAGUGAGAUCGAGUUGGAGUCAUACUCUGCUCUGUUUGCGGGUUCCGAUACUACGGCUAUUGCAAUGCGUUCAGUAUUUUAUUACCUUGCGAAAUCUCCGGCUGUAUACCGGGAAGUGCUCGCGGAACUCGACAAGGCAUUUGCAGAGGGUCAACUAAGUAUUCCCGUGAAGUUCUCCGAGGCCAUCAAGCUUCCCUUUCUAUGCGCCUGCAUUAAAGAAGCCAUGCGCAUGCACCCUAGUGUGCAGCUUACAAUGCCCCGUUUGAGUCCCAAAGGAGGUAUGGAGGUCUGCGGUGAGUACAUCCCGGCUGGGUAUAGACUUGGAAUGAACGCUGCAGUGAUCCAUCGUGAUCCCAAUAUUUUUGGGCAAGACGCAGACGUGUAUAGACCGUCUCGUUGGUUAGAGGGAAAUGCCACGUUCAUGGACAGAUACAUGUUACAGUUUGGAGCAGGAACGCGAACUUGCAUAGGGAAAAAUGCCCGUUUAACCCAGGGGGUUUUCCGAGUAUCGAGCACAGACGUCGCCCAGGGUACGAUCAGCAAAAGAGUUCAGGAUGACGGCGAUCGUGCUGAGAGAGGAGAGCUUAGGAGCACUGCGAGACAAAGAAGCGCUCGGGGAAUAGGAGCCUCGACAGUUUCUCUCCUACACUCGUCCGGCGCAAAAAUAAUCCACGGUGACUGGGACGCCGCUGGGGGACAGCAGUUGGAUGUAGCCCUACGCUCUUCCCAAGGUGUGGGAGAAACUACUUUUGUCGAAACAGAUGUCACCAACUACGAGUCGGUCCUGAACCUAUUCCAGGUAGCUUGGAGGAUGUAUGGCAGAGUCGAUAUUGCGGUUAGCAAUGCUGGGAUACAGGAGAUUGGAAACUUGUUUGAUCCAAGCCUUUGCUUGGAGAGUGUGAAAUCUAAACCUUCGAACAAAGUCAUAGACGUGAAUCUCGUCGGGACAUUGUAUUUUGCCCGUAUUGCUGCUGUAUACCUGAAAGAAGGUGCAAAGCCAGAUGAGGAUAAAAGUUUAGUGCUCGUUUCGUCCACCGCUGGCUUCAAAGAAACACCAGGUCUAUUCGCCUACUCUGCAGCCAAGCACGGCGUACUCGGUUUGCUACGUUCCCUACGUACAUAUUUGCCCAAAACACACAACAUCCGAGUCAAUGCGAUAUGCCCUUGGAUGACAGACACUGGAAUGGUGGAGGGGAUUAGAGAAAAUUGGCUGAAGGAAGGGUUGCCUGUGAACUCACCAGCAGAUUUAGGGAGGGUUAUUGUCGAAGUUGCAAUUGGGGAUGAUGGAAAAUCAGGGAAGUGGAGUGGUAGAGCAGUGUUCGUCGAAGGAGGUAGAGGAUGGGAUAUUGAAGAAGGCAUCAAUGCAACUGAGGAACAGUGGUUGGGUAAGGAGGUCAGCAGAGUAUUGAGCAGAGGACAGGACCUUCUUGGAGAUGGAACAGACUGGAAGAAAUCAGAGGCUGUGUAA